AUGUCUGAAAUAUUAGAUGAUGAACAAGCUUAUUUGAAAAGAUGGUAUAAGUUUGCUAAAAUUCAUAAAACCAUUCCACCUCCUAAAAAGGAUACACAUCUUGAAUCACUUUGUUACAGAAUCAAAAUUAGAGAUGUCUAUAACAUUCCACCCAAAAAGGAUGUAUAGUAAUCAAUAAGAAUACUGUUAAAUUUAUACAAUUCAAAUACAAAAGAAUUUUUUGGUAGAACUUAUGAAUCUCCAUUUUUGGAAUUGAAUUAUUCAUAAGCAAAUCAAUAAUUGGAACAUCCAGAGGUUUUCUGUUACUUUCAUUUACGUUAAAUUGAAUCCAUUUAAAUUGCUGCAGAGAUUGUUUUAUUUGGUAUUAAUAAUCUAAAUAUUUAGAGAAAAAGGAUCAAGUUAUAUAAAAUAGAUUGAUAGUUGGUUGGUGUUUAGGUGAAAUUGGUUAAGAAUUAAAAUAUACUCUAAAAAGAGGUUCAUCUAGAUUCUUAAUUAGUAAUCAAACUAAUGUGGAAACAGUUGGAUAAACAAUGUGGAUGGAUAUAGUUGAGAAUAAGGAAUUUACAUAAAUUAGAAAUUUGGUACCUGAAGGAUGUCUAUGUGGAUAUGGAGAUGAAGUAUUAGGAGUUCAUGGAUAUCAAAUAAUACAAUAAUUAUCUCUAAUGUAAGAAUAAAUUGCAUAUGUAACAUCAAUUGAAAUAUUGAUACCAACUUCAGUAGAUCUUUUGAUAUCAGAGUAUCUAAAGAAGUAUAAGGAAAUCAAAUAUAAAGAUGAUGGACCAAAUGAUGUCCAUUUUUUAGCUAAAAGAUUAGUAUUUACAUUUCAUAAUGGAUGGAAUUAUACAAAUACAAGAGGAUUAAAUAAUUUCAUAACUUUGGAAGAAUCUUCUUUUUAGAAAAGUAUUGAUAACUAAAAGAUUGAUUAUAAAAAACUUACAUUUAAAGGUGCUUUAGAUGUAAAUGGCAUUUAUUAAGAACCUAAAUUAGGAGUCUUUAUUAUCUAAUUAGAAUAUGAUGUUGAAUUUAUGGUUACAAAUCUAGGUAAAUAAAGAACUACUGUAUUAUGUGGUUGGUUACCAUUAAUACCCAAAUCUAAUUUUGAAGAAGAAUUUAUUGUUGGACCAGGAAGAUCUCUUAGUAAUCAAGUAUUAGUAGAUUUAAGUGAUAUUAAAUAUCCAAUAACAAUAUCUGGAAAAAUUAAUUUUGGAUCUAUUCAAACUCAAAAUCUACCUGGACCCAUUAUUAAUUAAUAGGUUUUUUAACCAAUGGAUGCUCCAAGUUUAGUAAAACUACCUGAAUAAGGUGGUUAAUAACUUGGUAUGGAUGAUGAUUAAAGAAAAAUAAAACAAUUAGAAAAUACUUUAAAAUGUAUAAAAUUUAUUAUAAAAAAUUUAUAGAACUUUAAUAAGAUAGAUAAGUAAGUGCAACAAAUUUAGCUAUGGAUUUUGAAAACAAACUUAAAAUUGAUAAAUAAAAAGAAUAAGAAUAUUAGAAAAUGGUAGAAACAAUUAAGAAAUAACAUGAAGAAGAAAUAUAAAAAAUAUUAGAAUAAUAUGAAGAUUUAAAAAAAAUGAUGACUGAUAUUAAUCAAACUUAAUAAUAAUAUUUAACAAAAGCAUAACCAACAUCAGCAUCUUUAUUAGGAUAAUAGUAAGUGUUGUAAGAUUAAAAAGAAUUAGAAAAAUGGAGAAUUAUAGAAUCUAUGACAUCAGUUCCUAGAAAAACAUUUUACAAAACUUAAUAAUAAGAUUUAAUGGUUGAAGCUCAAUUUGGAGGUUAAGCACUUUCAAGAGGAGAUAUUGCAUUUCUCAGUUAAAAUGGAGUGAGAGAAUUGUUUGUAUAACAUACAGAUUAUGUUGAAAAUGAUGAAAUUAAAUAAAAAUCACUUCAAUAUGAAUUAGCUGAUCAUAGACAAUCUAUCACUGUAUUUAUUUAAUUACUCUCAUUUAAACCAAGAAUUACUAUGAAAUCUAAAGAUCUUGAACCUACUGUUUAUCAUUAUUCAGAAGAAUCAAGAAUACCUUCUAGAUUAUUCAUGAUAGUCAAUUUUUAUGAUUUUCCAGAAUAUAUUACAGAACCAUUAAUUUAUGAGAAUGGAUUUGAUAAAUCUUCUUAUACUAGAUGUUUAGAACAAUCUAUACCAUUUCUUUUAAUAAGAGAAUAAUUUCUGAAAACAGGUGCUUCUUAUAAAGAACCUGUUUUUAAAUUUGAAAUUGAACCAUCAUCUAUUGGAUAUCCUAAAGCUUAUAAAUAUUUUUGUGAAUAUUUAUUUAAUAAAUGUAUAACAAUUGAAAUUUGGGAUUUUGAUUCCAUGAUGAUAUUUGGAACUAUUAGACUCCCUUUACGAUAAUUAUUAAGGUAAGGACAAGAUGCAUCUGUUGUAAUGAGGAAAGCAGAUAUCAUAGAUAAAGAAUUUAAAAAAAUCAAAGGAGAAUUAUAAGUAUUAAUUAAAUGUGUUGGUAAAGAGGAUAAAGUGACUGAAGCAUUAGAUAAUAACAGUUAGAUGAAAAGAAAAGUGAUUUCAACCAAAAGAGUUGAACCUUUGCAUGUAUUAGAAGAUGAAGAGAAAGAUUUAAUUAAGUAAGAUCCAAAUGAAAGAAUCAAGGAAAGAAUUAAAAGAAUAAGAAGAUAAGAAGUUCCAAAUGAUCCAAAUAAUAAUAGUACAAAGACUUUAAUGGAAAUUACAAAGAGAAAAGAUUUAUCUAAAAAUGCUUUUGUUCAUUCUGUCAUUUAAAGUCAUUUAAGUGAUGAAAAAGUGAUACAUCCUUUCUUUGGAAAAGUAGAAAUAAUCGAACUUGAAUUCAGAAAUCCUUAUGCAACAGGAUAAAAUUUUGUUAUUUCAAUUGAUGAUUAAGAAGUUAAAUGUUCUGGUAUUUAAGAAAUUCAUUUAAUUCAUUAACCUGUGGAAUGGAAAUAUUAUGUAGAUUUGUACAAUCAUUCAAAACCUUAGGAAUUCAAUAUGAUAUAAGCUAAUCAAAAUAAUUUUACUAUGUUUUUAACAGCUAAAGAAAAAGUUGUGCUUUUAUUUAAAUAUUAAACUUUUAGAGAAGUUAAUUAAGAAUUUACUGAAUUAUAAAAGACUGAAGAAUUAUUUACUAUUAAAGGCAAAUAAUUUCUCACUUAAUACAGUUAUCCUAGGUAAGUUGCUGUAUUUAUCAAUACAAUUGAAGGAUAAUGUGUUGGAGGAAUGAGAAUCAAAAUAUUUCCUCAUAAUAACACUAUAGAUCAUGUUUAUAGAUUUUAUGAAAGAGAUAAUAGAUAAGUAUCUAUUUAAUUUCCAGCUUUAUAUGGAUACACAGUACCAUCACCUGAUAAAAAACCUAUUUUAUUUUGUAAUAACGAUCAAUUAGUAGUUGAAUGGGCUAAUGAAUUUGAAAUCAGAAUUAGUUUACGAAUGCCUGAAGUGAAUAAAUAGACAGUCUUCUAUAUUUUAGCAUAUUAAGAUACUUAUUUCAAAGAAUUAAUAGCUAAUUGGUAAAUAAAACUUACAAGUUUGGCUGGGUAUAUUUAUUAAUUAUACAUUUAAUUUUAGUAUUGGUAUAGAGGUACCUUUAGGUUAAGUUUAAAAUACAAAGUUAACAGUUCAUGUAGAGAUUUCAAGAUAGGUUAAAUUUUAUUCAUCACAUCCUAUAUGUGUUUGGUUUCCAUAACCAUAUGAUUAGUUAGUCAAUUUAAUACCAGGAAAAAUAAAUAUUGCUAAUUUAUGUGUUAGAUUAUUCACUGAAUAGAUUCAUAAAGUAAUGGUGACUUGUGUAGAUGAAUAAUCUCAUGAAUUAGUCAGAGGAUGGAUAUUAAAUAUUUCACCAACUGUUCCACCAAUUAGUUAGGUAUUUGAUAUUCAAGCUCCAAGAGAUUAAAUGAAGACUUACAUUGUUAAAUAUGCUAAUAAAUAAAAUAAUGAAGUCCUUUUAAUUUUUAAAUCAUCAAAUAAAUAAAUUUUAAAAGUAAUUAUUUAUUUUUAUUAUAGCUUAUUGAGACUAGAUAUUUAUUCAAAGCUUAAUAGAUAUAAGAUGUUACAUUAUAAAUUCAUAGAGUUGGUGAAAUGGAUAAAGCAGAAGUUAAAGUUUUUAUUGGUGAUGAAGACAGAUCAAGAGAUACAUUUGAUUGUUUGUUAUUUAGAAUCACUUAUAUUUGA